AUGGUAAGUUAUGCAAAUGUUUGUGGAUUUUUUUAGCCGAGGAAACUUCGCCUGAAUUGCCAGAGUUUGUACCUUCACAUGAGUGGAAAGUUAUUUUGCCUGGUCAAAGUAUUCCGAAGGGCAUUCACGUCCGACAUAACUUUGAGAAUGGUCUAACAGAAGGCAAGCUUAUGGAUUCGUCAAGUUCGGAAGACAAAAAUGGUAUCCACCAUUCGUAAAUUUCACCGUUAGACCUUGUGUUGACAAAUGUGGAAUUAGCUGACAAAACACUCGGGGACAGUCCGGAGACGGUUGAAGAAGAGCACUCACACAAAAUGGUAUCUUAGUUUUUCCUGUUUAUGAUCUUUAGGAUGUGAAAUUUGACGCCUCGACAAAAUAUCGGUCAUACGCCGAACUAAAAAAGGAUUACGAUACUAUAAUGUCGUCGGCCAGGACAGAUGCUCAGAUCAUGCAGAACUUGUUUAACGAGUAUGAGACGUCUUCAUCAGAGGAAACAAAAAACGUCGUACUUCAGGACUUAGCAGAAUACCUCCGCCAGGUUUGUUUUUCCUUCACCAACAUACUUCUCAGUUCGAUAAUGCCGUAGACUUUGCUAACAGUGGGAACUUGUCAAAACUAGUCCACGAGCUGCCCGUCGUUCCCGUUGCGCGGAAAAUCUACAUUGCUCGAUGUCUCUCUUCGGCACUGCAGGGGUAUGUGUUUUCUGUUCACACCGAUUUAGUCAAAUGACACGACGUUAUUCUUUUACAACUUUUAUUGUAGGCUUUAAGUUUUAUUUUCGGCAUCUUACUGCCAGUUGCAGCACUUCGUGAGUCCAUCGUGAACGUAGAACACCUUUGAUUGAGACGGCGAUUGUGAAGGCGACACAAGGCUUCACGUUGGAAUUCUGAAACCUUGCUUUGGGCAUCGUGAUAAAUGAGUUUUGCUUGCUUGUGAAUCAUAGCAUAUAGAAAGUCGUCGUCGGGGUGCGCUUUCUGCUAUUUUAUCAGUUUCGUGGUAAUAACUUUUCAGGUGGUAACUCCCGCCCCCCCGGUUUUUAGUAGCUCAUAAACAUUUUUUGCCGACUGCUAUUAUAGCGUAUCACUAGCUAAUUGCGCACCGGUAGUUUCUAUUUCUGUUUGCUGCCGACGUAUUAUCGCGUAUUAUCGCUCAUAGCUACCGACCUGUGACUGUGAACCCUUUGCGGGUUGGAUAACCAAAUCCAUGCCGAUUUACGUUACCUUCCGGAGGGCUUUGAAGUGAUGCAUUCCAGGCUGCAUUUGAAAAUCUACGGUGCUAUUUUCUUAUCUCUGUGUCUACUUGAUACCUUGGUAAACGUGAGCGAUGUUACCUGGACCUAUUGUCAAACCGUGACGGUGGUUCCAUCUGUUCCCUUUCACCCUGUUUUAGCACCGAACGCAGAGGCCUCAUGAAUCAUCUCUAG